UUAUUCUUUUAGACCAAGUGAAUUUCAAAUUUCACCGUGUUAUGGUUGUUUGAACUAUGAAUCAACUUAUUCAUUCAAUAUUUCGAUUGCGCAAACUCAAAAUUAUAUUACAUUAUUAAAUCAUGAAUUUCAAACAAUAUCUAGUGGAGAAAAUAAUUCCAGUGAAAUAAUAAUAAAUUUGAAUCCGCAUAGUAUGGCCAUGAUUGCAGGAGACUUUGAAUAUUUGUCAGACGAAAAAGAUGAAAUUAUACGAGUAUGGACCACAAAAAAUAACAAAGAUCGUGCUAAAUAUAUAGUAGAUUUCGCAGUUAGGGCAUUACGCGUUAUAGAAAAUCUAACAGACCUUACAUAUAUAAGUGCUGGAUGGCAAAAAAUAAAUUUCGUUGCAGUUCCUAAUAUCUCUCCCGUCGAAUUGCGACCCGGAGGACUCGUUAUUAUUAACCAAAAUUAUAUUUAUGCAAAUAAUAUAACGAUUGAAAAUAAAGAAAAAAUUUUCAAUCACAUAACACGGUUGUACAUUGACCAAUGGCUGAUGAAAUCAAUGGAUUAUAAUCAUAACAAAGAAAAUCUCUCAAAGUAUGAUUUUGAACAGUAUUUGAAAGACUUCAUGAUUGAUAAGGUUGAAAAAUCAUGGCGUAUGAUGGAUAUUAUUUUCUUGAACGAGCACAGUCAUCCGUUUGAAUAUGACAAUUAUUACAAUAUCUAUGAAACAGAGACCUAUGCAGUAAGUCAUUAUAAAUAUGAAUUUUUAAUAAGGAUGAUUAGAUAUAUUCUUGGAGAGCGAAAAUAUAAAAGUGCAUUACAGAGUUAUUUACAGAAUGGAUCAGAUCUUAGUGAUGAGUUGAUUAAAGCAUACGGUGAUGAAAAUGGAAAUUUUGAGAAAGCGUUAAAAGAUUGGCUAAAUAAAACAAAUUAUCCCAUUCUUACAAUUAGUAGAAAUUAUACAACUCAACAAGCUCUUUUUACUCAGAUGACAUUCUUAAUAAAUCGAACAGAAACUUCAUCAGAUAGAUAUUGGAUUCCGAUAAAUUGUGCAACUGAAGAUAAUCCUGAUUUUCUUGAUACCAGAGUCACUUAUUGGUUUGAUCCGAGUUUGGCUUCUUUAGAAAUCUUAGCGCCGCAGAAUGAUAAAUGGCUUAUAUGCAAUAAACAAAGAUUUGGAAUUUAUCAUGUAAACUAUGAUGAGAAAAAUUGGAAUUUAAUAAUUAAUUACUUGAAAUCUGAAAAUUAUAAUAAAAUUCAUGUGCUCAAUCGUGCUCAAUUAAUUGACGAUGCUUUUACGUUGGCAGAAUUUGGAUAUCUCAAUUAUAGUAUACCACUGAAAUUAAUCGGAUACAUUAACCAAGAAAUUGAUUACAUUCCUUGGAUUGCUUUUUGGAGACAAAUUUGUCGCUUGCAUGAAUUUUCUCGUUUAAAAAAUUCGGAAUAUUAUGACAAUUUUAAGAGAUAUGUUUUAAAGCAAACAGAGAAUAUAGAAAAAAGACUUAUUUCAGAUGAAACUCCCACUAAUAAUUUAUCAAAAAAACUUGCUAGAAAACUAUUAAUGAAAUGGACAUGCAAAUUUGGUUCAAAUUUGUGUAAAAAUUAUACACUUGAUAAAUUACAAAAAUGGCUUGAAGAUUCAGAAGAAAAUCCGAUCCCGGCGGAACUGAAGCAAGAAAUUCUUUGUGGUGGAAUUCGUCAUGCAGAUCAGGAUAUUUGGAAUAAAUUAUUACAAAAAUAUUUGAGUAAUGGAGAUGCUGAUAUUGUGAUAGCGCUAUCAUGCACGUCAAAUGAUGAAAUACUAAAAAAUUUUACAAUGUCAAAUAUAAAUGACACAUGGGGACGAUUAGAAAGUUCCAAGUCGAAAUUUCAAAUUAUCUUCCGAAAAAAUGACAUAGGAGUUGAUGUUCUUUUAGACCUGAUUGACUCAAAUAAAUUAGCAAGUAGUCAUUUUAAGAAUUAUCGAUAUGAUGACAGAGAAGUUGCUAUUAAUCAAGCAAAUCAUAUGAAAACAGAAUAUCAGUUUGAUAAGGCAAGCAAUGACUUAAAAUGUAUGAAGAAAAAUUAAUCUAUUCCUUUUUUUUUUAUUUAGUUGAAAAAAAUUUUUGAAAACAGUCACAGUACUAUUUCAAGCAAAAAAGUUGCUAAGUAUUUGGUAACUACUCAAAAUCAGGUCAAAGAAGUCAAUGCACAGUUUCAUCUCUUGGAAGAAUUUUUGACGUCAAAUAAUUUCAACAAUACGGUAUAAAUAUUAAUUUUAAUGUGACAGAGUAUUUUUUUUUAGUACGUUAUUCUUAAAACUAUAAAAGUCGCUCAGAAAUUUGUAAUUUAGUUUAUCGUAUAUUUAAAAAUAAAUUUUAGCAUAAGGCAUUGGUGGUUCUGAAAACAAAAUUGUGAUAAGGAUGUCCUAAUUUCCUUCAUAAUCCAAUCACUUAUUACUAAUUGUUUGAAAAUAUUUCAUCUAAAAGAAAAAAAAAAUGAAUAAACAAGAAAACGGUUGACUUGGUGGAAUAACCCGAAACAUAGAUGCAUACUCUCUCAAACAAUAGUGUUUUCGGGGUCGAAUGAAAUUUUAGUUCAUAAUACAUACACGGUAAGAAAUGCAUGGCGUUCAAUACCAUGCUGGUAUGGU